AAGCAGACAGAGGGAAGGUAGAGAGGGAGCGAGCCAGUGCAGUGCACGCUGGCUGUCUGACUGACAGGAAAGAGAUUGAUGGAUAAAACCGUGCAGUGUACAUAACACCGAUUCUCCUCUACCUCGUCUCCCUUCUUCUUUUCAACCUUCUCUCCUCCAUCUGUUCUUCCCCUCGUUUCAGGACCCCUCCCUCAGUGCAUCCAUUUUUUCUCCACGGCGCUCCAUGCUGGCAGAGGGAAUUCUCUAAGUCAGGCUCUUUAGCACUGUUUCUUCAGUGCACUUGGAAUUCUGUCACAAGGGAUUGGAUACAUUGGGAACUGUGGGAUGGCAGCGAUUGAGGCAGACAGUCUGGCAACAGGAGCUACGGCAGCUGCCUGCCCAUCUCAUCCUGGUUUAAUACUUAGUGUUCCAAGAAUCCCACACCUGGAGUUCUGCCUUGCAUGUAGAGAGCUACUCACAGAGUUCAAGGACAGGAAGCCCAAUGCGCUGGUGCAGGUGGCUGUGCUGGAUGCUCACGAGCAGGGAAUCAUCGCGUAUGCCUGCACAGAGGUUGUGGAGGGAACAAGAGAUCCUCUGUUCCUGACUGGUGUGAGCUUGUCACCCGACUGGCCCGUCUAUGAGGACAGCCUCAUCAAACUCAGCGUCUAUGAUGUGAAGGACAAGCACCACCAGAUGAGGAGUUUCCUGGGCAGUACUAGCUUCUCCGUUGCUGACCUUAUCAAGUCAAAGGACCAGCAGCUUUCUCUCAGCCUAAGGACGGCAGAUGAUUCGGCUGCCGUGGGGACGGUGGUCGUGUCUCGCCUGAAGAUGGGAGAGAUUGAGGAUGGCGGUGUGGAUCACAUUGCCAUUGACGGACACCAGAAGUGCACUCUGGUGUGUGAGCCUCACGGGACCACAAACGACAAGGAUAACGGACCCCUGAUGAACGCAGUGUUCAAGAACCCGGUGUGUAAAGUGUACAGGUUCCAGACGACAGACAGCAAGUGGAUGCUGGUGAGGGAGCAGAUGGCUGAGUGCACUUUGUCCUUCAGCGUCCCCAUCCAGCUCCUCAGACUCUUCAUUCAGGAGGACAGACACAGGAUCCAGGAGCUGAACGAUCUGGGUGAGCUCUCACCACACUGGGACAACCUGAGGAGAGACGUCAUCACUCGCUACAGCCAUCUCAUCAAAACCUACCAGGAAACACUCGCUGAGCUGGAGAAGUUCACCGGUCCUUCAUUCAAGCCAAGUUGCAGCAAGGCGCAGAAAUACCUGGAGUUCAUUCCCAUUAAUCUGCACACACAGCGCAUGAGGGUGAUGUGUCCUAGGAAGUCAGAUGCCUUCUACGAUGUGAUCACAGUCGGAGCUCCAGCCGCUCACUUCCAGGGCUUCAAGAACGGAGGCCUUCAGAAGCUGCUCAACCGAUAUGAAGCAGAGAAGAAGAGCUACAGCACGGCAUAUCAGUGCAUCUACUACUCUCCAGAGCACACAGCCAAGGCCAGAGAGAUCCUGAGCUUGGUGUCGCAUCUUCAGCCGCUGAUCUGCAGCUUGGCCGAGCACCUGCUCCAGCAGGCCCAGCAACGCAGCAGCCACAGCCUUCGGGAUGCUCUCAAGAGUCUGGAAGAAAAGACGGAGCAGUUCGUGCACUCUCUGAAGGACGAGUUGGUGAAGAACGCUCUCUUCGCGCUACACGCAGCACGACCUGGUUACAUGAACAAGAGCCAUCCCGAUACACACCUGACCCAACCACAAAGCGUGACCUCAGACGUGACCCCGAUCCAAAACCAGAGCCGCGAGCCGAGCGUCGUCGUCUGCAACAACGUCUCCGGAUCUCAGACGCCCCCGAAAAAUGAAGCUCGUCAGCCUCUUAAACCCCAAGACCUUCCCCAACACAAGGAGUAUGACGAGGAGGAAUGGGACAGGGUGUGGGCCAACGUGGCAAAAGGACUGAACUGCAUCAUCGCCAUGGUGGAUAAGCUACAGGAGCAGGACAACAACAACCAGGAGUCUACGCCUGACCAGGCGCUCGCUGAUGUCAUCACCUCCCACAGUCCAGCUGCAGACUGGAGGGAGCAGCUCAGCCCUUUGGUGGCGGUGUUGAAGGACUGUGUAAACGAGGUGGCAGACCGAGCGAGCAAGUCGAUGAGCUUUGUUCUCCUCCAGGAGGCGGCGUGCAGCACUCCGUCCGGCCUGCAGCUCCAACAGAGACGUGACACAGUUUUCAGUCAAGCGUUGGCUGCACUAGCCUGUGGUUUUAUCAUGCGCCUGUACUCUGGAAUAGAGGAUAAAGGCUUCAUCAGGCAAAUGCACACAGUGGGAGUGGUGGCCCAGUUCGAGAGCCUGCUGAGCACAUACAGUGAGGAGAUCGGAAUGCUGGAGGAUAUGGAGGUGGGAAUUUCUGAUCUGCAGAGAGUCACUUUCAAAAUUACAGAGGCUGCAUCUGAUGAUCCCAGCAAUCUGCAACCUGUUGUCAGUGGCAGACGAGACCAUUUUACUGUAGAGAUACCGCUUCCACUCCAAUCCUUCCAGACGUUACCAGACGAAGUACGUCAGGGGAAGCUGCUGCACGUCUUCCCUGUGCUCUUCAAUGUGGGCAUCAACGAACAGCAGACAAUCGCCGAGAGGUUUGGAGAUAUAUCCUUACAAGAGCGGAUAAAUCAGAAAAAUUUCGAUAUCUUAGAGACAUACUAUAAGUCCCUCAGCGACAGGAUUCCAUUAGAGUGCCUGCCUUCUUUUCAGAUGCAGCCAGAUGUUAAGGAGCUGCUUGAGACGUUGGGGCAGAACGUGGUGACCAAGAAAAGGAAGAAUGUGGAAAUUCUCUGGCUUGCAGGAGCGAUCUGUCGGCGGCUUAACGGCAUCCGAUUCACCAGCUGUAAAAGUGCUAAAGACAGGACGUCCAUGUCAGUGACGCUGGAGCAAUGUGCCCUGCUGAGGGACGAGCACCAGCUCCAUAAGGACUACUUCGUCAGGGCACUGGACUGCAUGCGCAGCAGUCGGCUGGCCCAGGGCGAAGGUGCCCAAUGGGACGACCCUGAGGCAGGCUCUGUAGCCAAUCACAAGCCGGCGCCACGCCAAUUCUACCCAAUCGCUCUUCUCCUCGUUAGCUCUCACCUGCUGGUAGUGUGGCUGAUUUUAAGUCUUGUUUUCCUGCUUGCAAAAUAUCAAUAAAUUGCUGAUUAAACCAUAACCACCCUCGUGCUGUCUAACUUUGUUCUCCGCUCGCUCUGGGUGUAAAAUGCACCAUCUUUUUUCCCCUCUGUGGUGCAUCUGGGUUAUGCUUGUUUACUCACUUAUCAUUUCCCUGUGCUAUCUGGGGUUUCCCUGGGGUUUGCUUGUUUUGUUUCCUACUUCACAGUAAUUGCACGUCAAAGCGAGACAUUAUGUCUUAUAUAAUAUGGCGACAGAUUUUCUGCCCCAUGCUGAUAUAUUUAGUUCAGCCAUGCAACUACUGUAAAGCAGUGAGCAGCCCUUGGCUCAGGUUUAUUCUUGUGUCUCGGGAGACCGCUACAUCAUCUCCGUCAUCCACCCCUGGUGCCAGGAGCUAAAGAAAGAACCUGACCUCGCUACACACUGAUUUACAAACUCAAGCAAGUUGUUUUCUCUAGAUUUGGACCACUCUUCUAGCUUUUCACCUAUAUUUAUUCAUCUCCAGCUAUUAGGAAUAAUGCGAUCCAGCUCCUCGAUGUCUCCUGGCGAGGAAUAAGUUUGAGCAAACAACAUGCUGUAAUAACCUUUUUACACAGUUCACUUUCGUUAUCUCAUGCAAUAGAUUAUGGUCAUUACUGAAGCCUGAUUAAUAUUCCUCUACAAUGAUGAGCUCGUACUUCUAUCAAUAAAACAAUACAUAUCUGACUUAACAUUAUUAUAAACUCAUAAACAAGCUGGUUUGCCACUCUGACUGAUACUAAUUCAUUUCUAAUCGCAGUACAUGCCAAAUUGUUUCCUCUUCUCAAGCUACAGCAACUUCCAGCUAUUCCAAUAUUAAUAUUAUUAUUAUCCAAUAUUAAUAUUAUUUCCCAGGCCAUAAAGUCUAUUAGCUAACUGACAAAAUACUCACACUGGAGACUCCUUCCAUUAAUAGUAACAAAAAUCUCAUCACAGGACACUUCAACGUAUCAGAAGUGAAAAGUUUUAUCCAUUUAAUUUUCUUUACGUCCGCUAUACAGUACAUCUUUUCCUAGGAACGAGUCGUCACUAUAGAAACCAUACCGUAUUAGAACAAGAACAUUAUUAUACACCUCUGAUCUGAAUUACAGCCGUCAGAGAUACCGCUAGGGAGCGAGCGCUAAUGAACACCUUCUGACCAAUCAGAUUCAAGAAUUCACUGUGGUUUAGUUAAGGAAUAAACGCACAGCGAACAUUAUAUUUUAUAUUGCGUAAAAAAUAAAGUGAGCUAACCUGCAAAAUAAACCCUUCAGAAGGGCAUCAGCAGAUUUACUCUCUCAUUCUUUCAUAACUCCAUUAUCAUCUCUCCCUCUCUCCAUCUCCCUGUAAUCAGAGAAGGCUGCCGGAUUGAGAACGUG